AAACAACAUAAAAAAUGAAAAAACUUUAUGCAAAAACCUCAUUCUCAAGCAAAAAUCGCUCAACAAAAUCCAGCCAUAAAGCGGAUAACGAAAAACUAACCACAUCCUGUUCCUCGCAAGCGGAAAUUUACAAAUAUCAUGAUCCCAUAUUGGCCUAUCAGACGACUCCGACAACAACAACAGCAACAACAAAAUCGAAAGAUACAAAUAUGAAAUACACACCAAAACAUCCAUUUGUGAGUAAAUUUCACAAUUUGGAGGCAUACAGAACAAAUCAUAAUGAAUUGACAGCAACAUCAUCAACAGCCACAGCAGCAACAUUAGGCUCAACAUCUAUGGAUGCAGCAGCUGACUUGUAUAGUGAUGAAUCUCCAUAUUAUUAUACAAUAACGGAAUUGGAAAACUUACAUAUGUUGGAUCAUCGACACCCUCAUUUUCAUCAGCUACAAAGAAUGCAACAAUUACAACACUCUGCUCACAACAAUAAUAAUAAUAACAGCAAUAAAGUACAAUAUCAUCAGCAUAAUCAAUUGGUAUUGCAACUUCCUCCGGCUUCAGCCUCGGUUACAUCUAAUGAUGUUGUAGAUGCUGUACAACAGCAUCAACGUUUAAUUUCUCCCAUCUAUGAAGCACCACAAAUGAAUUCACAUCCACAGCACCAUCAUCAUAAUAAUAUUAAUAAUUAUAAUUAUAAUCAACAUCAUAAUCAUAAUAAUCCGCAUACAAAUAGUACAUCAUUAUCUUGUAGUCUGUCUGCCACAUCAAAAUCCUCAUUGCUUGCACCAACAUCUCCAUCAUCAACAACAACGGCCACAACAUCGCCAGCACCACCACCGCCGCCUCCACAACAUUUGAUCUCUACGCAUUGUGUAACAACUCGAACACCAUCAUCAUCAACAUUAUCAUCAGCAGCAUCGCCACUUGAUGUCUAUAAUCUGAAUUGUAAUAUGUAUGAUCAAAAUCAGCCUCAAUUGUCAUUGUCGAUGAUGUCGUCUCCGUCCUCCUCGGUAUCGUUGUCGUCCAUUUCGACUUCAUCGUCGUCGUCGUUGUCUGCGCCGCGUGAUAAUUUGUCGUCUAAAACGGAUUUUAUGACCACCGCCACCACCACUAUAUCCCCAACAAUAUUUGCUGAACAAAGUAUUAUCGGAGCCCGAGCCUCCGUUAUGGUUUACGAUGAUAACCAAAAGAAAUGGGUACCAUCGGGCACCUCAUCCGGUCUCAGCAAGGUCCAAAUCUAUCAUCAUCAACAGAAUAAUACAUUUCGUGUGGUGGGACGUAAAUUACAAGAUCAUGAAGUUGUAAUUAAUUGUUCCAUCCUUAAAGGACUGAAAUAUAAUCAAGCCACUGCCACAUUUCAUCAAUGGCGCGACUCGAAAUAUGUGUACGGCCUAAAUUUCUCCAGUCAAAAUGAUGCUGAGGCAUUUGCACGAGCCAUGAUGCAUGCAUUGGAUGUGCUUAGUGGUCGCGUGCCCAAUAAUCCCGGCCAGCCGACAAAUGGCAAUGGCUAUGAGGAGGAUAUGGGCUAUCGCACCAUGACCAGUGAAGAUGCUGCCAUUCUCAGACAACAACAACAGAUUACCGGCCAGGUAACACCAUCGGCUCAAACACCAACUUCACAAACAAAUCAAAAUAAUAUACCACAAAGCCCACCGACACCACAGCAGGGUCAUCAUCGUACUAGCAGGAAUUCCCUUAGUGCUCCCCCGGCUCCCCAGCCACAACAACAAAUGCUACAGCAACAACAACAACAGCAGCAGCAACAACAAGCUCUAUAUGGUCAUACUGGUAAUGGGCCAACUCAGAAUGGUGGCAUGCCGCAGCAGCAGCAGCAACAACAGCAACAGCCAACACAACAGAUACAACCACCACCAGCACCAGGUCAAACACAAUAUCAUGCUCCCCAACAGCUGCAGCAACAACAACAACAACAACAGCAACCGUCUCAACAUCAACAGCAGCAGCAACAACAUUCUAUUUAUGCCUCACAACAAAUGGUCAAUGCUGCCGGUUAUCCACCACAACCAAAUCAGUAUCAACAAUCCCACUAUGUUUUAUCAAAUUCUAAUCCCAAUCUUAAUAUGCAUCAAUAUUCACAACAGCAGACCGGAGUAAUGCCACCAAAUGUUACACAGCCCCCCAUGCCGCCACCGCAUCAAAAUCAAAACGGUGGCGGACCGAUUUAUGUGUCUUCACAGCAACAACUGGGACCAGGUAUACCGAAUUCACAAAGCGCCAACAGCGUGGUAUACGCCAGUCAAACACAAUUAGGCGUUGGUGGCGUCGGCCUAGUAGCUGCAGGUGGCGCAGGCAUACCCAUGCCACCGCAACCACCCCAGCCACCGGCAAUGCCCAAUGGACCGCCCAUACCACCAAAUGCUUAUGGGCAAAUGAAUGGCGGUGGUCAGGUACAGCAGCAGCAACAGGAGAAUCUUUAUGGCCAGGUGCCCGCAGCACCACCCAUGAUGCCGCAACAAACCAAUAUUCCCGGUGGCAAUGCACCUAUGCCACCACCACUUAAUCGCAUGAGCAGUACUGGUGGUGGGCCAGUUGGUGCUCCCAAUACCGGGGCACCAGCUCCGCCACCACCACCCACAUUUGGUGGUGCCGCCGCCCCACAAAUGUUUAACAAUAAUCCAAAUCCCGGCAGUGGUCCAGCCGCACCUCCACCACCACAGCCGCCCGCACCCCCGGCACCACCUGCUAUGGGCGGUAUGGGUGGCGGCGGAGGUCCAGCAGCUCCCCCACCACCGCCUCCACCACCUAUGGGUGGUUUAGCAGCCAAAAAAGAUGAUCCGCAAGCUGAUUUAAUGGGCUCGUUAGCUGCUCAAUUGCAACAGGCAAAAUUGAAAAAGAAGUCCACCCCAGCACCAACAGAAAAUAGCGGUAGCAGUACUCCUAGCGGUGGUAGUGGCAAUUAUGGCACCAUUGGACGCAGUACUAAUGGCAUGGCCUCAAUGAUGGAUGAAAUGGCCAAAACGUUAGCACGACGACGUGCCCAAGCAGAAAGGAAAGAACCCGAACCGGAACCAGAAGUUAAACAAAGGCCCUGGGAAAAAUCCAAUACUCUGCCACAUAAAUUGGGCAAUUCAAAUUCCAGCAAUUCCAAUGCAAACUCAAAUAAUACAUCGAACAGUGGCGGUGAAUCACCCAGACCAAUGCGCAAACGUUUUGGCAGUGCAAGUGAAGAAACGAUACUUAAGGUCAAUGGGGAUGGAUUAUCGGUGGCAUUAUCUGGUAGUGAUUUGGAACAAUUAAAGGCUGAAAUUGUGAGAGAAAUGAAACAAGAAAUACAAAAAGUUAAACAAGAAAUAAUAGAUGCUAUCAAAUCUGAAUUUAACAGAAGAUAAAAUAAUUAUCUUUAGGUAAAUAAUUUUGGAUCUGAUUAAACGUAUUUUAUACAUAAUAAAGAAAACCCAUUAUAUUAUACAUUAUUAUAAUUAAUAUAUAGAAUACACACAAACAAAACAUAAGAGAGGAACAGCAUGAACUGCUAAAAUAAUUUUUUUUACCCUAAAACUUAAAAAAAAACCACAAGAAAAAAACAACAAGUCGUGUUUUUUUAUAUAAAUAUAAAUAUACAUUUAAAAUAAUAAUUCAUAAUUAUAAAGAAGAAAAAAAAAAUAUGUUUUUUUUAUAUAAGGCAAUUAUUAAAUUAAAACACAAUUUAAGCAUAUAUACUUAUACAUACUAUAUACAUAAAAUUACCAUACAUAUAAUAUAAUAUAUAUUAAAUAAUAAUUAUAUAAAAUAAUAUUAUAUUUAAAUAUUAAUAAUGAUCAAAUUUAUUAUUAAUUAUUUAAUAAUACAAUCAUUAUAAAAACUAAAUUUAAAAAAUAUUUCGCAAAACAAACACAAACAAACCAUUUUCGAUUAAGACAUUUUAACAUUAAUUACAAUAAAAAUAAAAUAAUUCAUUUUUUUAGUUUGGUUUUAGUUAAUACGUUUUUAUACUUUGUACAAUAAAAUCUUUCAAAUAUCUUUAAAA